CUUCUUCUUCUCCGGUCUGCUAAACCUUCCAUCGCCACCGGUCCGAUGAAUUCUCAACCGGUCAAUAAACGUCUCCACCUUCUCUCUGUAAUACUUCUUAUGCCCCUGUUUUCAAUCUGUAUCAUCAAUGGCUACCCGGACCCGGAUAUCUGUACCACUACUUUCACCUGCGGUAACAUCACUGACAUAGGAUAUCCCUUCCGGAGCUCCACCCAACCGGAAUCCUGCGGCUAUCCCGGUUUGCUUCUCACUUGUCAAGACAACAACUUUACCACCAUUAAGAUCAACAAUCUGUCUUUCCGGGUUCUAAAUAUCAACCCGGAUACCCAAAUUAUGAAGAUUGCCAGAACCGACAUCAUGAACUCGAGCUGUCCACUGGAAAUGAUCAACACGACCCUGGAUACUUCUCUAUUCCAGUUUCUUCCAGGGAUUAACAAUAUGAAUCUAACCUUUCUUUACAACUGCCUCGAUUUGCCCCCAUUCCCGGGUAUCAAACCGGUUUCGGGUUGCCAGAUCAGUACUUACGAUGUCUACGUUAUGCCUGGAACAAUUGACCAGGGUAGUUGUGAGAAUAGUGUGAUAGUUCCCGUUUCGGGUGUUGGAUUUAUGGACGACAAUUCAACUUUGGAUGCGGGUCAGGUUCUCCGUAAUGGGUUUCAGAUCAAGUGGACUGUUGAUACGGCCAUUUGCGGUAAUUGCACCAAGUCUAACGGACGGUGUGGGCAAGAUCCUGUAGAGAAUAAUAAAACCAUAUGUUAUUGCCCCGACCCGCCUUUUUAUUCUGACAGCUCUUGUGUUGUGGCCGGUAGAGACACAUCACCGCCGGAGGGGACCCCACCCGCACCCGCACCGCCGCCUCCCCAAUUGGGAAGUGAUGCAUCAAAUUCAAAAAAAGGGAUGUCCGGCACCCAAAUAGCCUUAUUUAUAACUGGGGCCAUUCUUGCUGGUAUUGGUCUCGGUUGGAUCAUCUUCGCUUAUCGACAACGAAGAAAAAGAAAGGCAGCGGGCGCGACCGCGACGCCCAUGUUUGUCCAACAAGACAAGAACAAAGACAUUCUUCUUCCGCUUAGGAAUGACCCCACAUCUACUACUACAACUCCUACUUCUAGUAACUUCUCCAAAAGCAUAACCUCUUUUACCUCCUCCAAGACGGAGUUUGGAAGAAGCACUUAUUUCGGCACACAAAUCUUCUCAUACGAGGAACUCGAAGAAGCUACUCAAUCUUUCGACGAUUCUAGAGAACUCGGUGAUGGAGGCUUUGGCACCGUCUACUUUGGUAUUCUCCAAGAUGGUCGUUCUGUUGCGGUGAAACGGUUAUAUGAGAACAACUUUAAACGAGUUGAACAAUUUAUGAAUGAAGUUGAGAUUCUUACGAGAUUAAGACAUGUUAACCUUGUCACACUUUAUGGUUGCACGUCAAAGAGAAGUCGGGGGCUUCUCCUUGUAUAUGAAUUCAUUUCGAAUGGAACCGUGGCGGAUCAUCUACAUGGGAAACGGGCUGAUUCUGGUUUACUAUCUUGGUCAGUCCGGUUGAACAUUGCCCUAGAGACGGCCGGGGCACUUGCCUAUCUUCAUUCAUCGGAAAUCAUACAUAGGGAUGUCAAGACGAAUAAUAUUCUAUUGGACAAUGAUUUUCGUGUCAAGGUGGCUGAUUUUGGGUUGUCUCGGUUGUUCCCUACUAAUGUCACUCAUGUCUCAACCGCGCCACAAGGUACGCCCGGAUAUGUUGAUCCCGAGUAUUAUCAGUGUUAUCAAUUGACUGAAAAGAGCGACGUUUAUAGCUUUGGGGUGGUUUUGAUCGAGCUUAUAUCUUCUAAACAAGCGGUUGAUACAAAUAGGGACCGUCAAGAUAUCAAUUUGGCUAACAUGGCUUUGAACAAGAUUCAAAGCCAUGCAUUGGACGAGUUAGUCGACCCUUCUUUUGGAUAUGAAACGGAUGAAUCGGUUAGGAGAAUGGUGAUGUUGGUGGCGCAACUAGCAUUUAGGUGCUUGCAACAAGAUAAAGAUAUGAGACCUACUAUGGAAGAAGUGUUGAUGGAAUUGAAACGCAUUAAAAUUGAAGAACCAAACCAAGAACAAAAACAAGAAGUUGUGGACAUUGUGAUGGAUGAUGUCGAUUCAAGUCCACUCUGAAUGGAAAUAUUCAUAUGGGGAGAUCGAUAAGCAACUCUAAUACACACAUUUAUUUCUAGUGUUUAAUAAUAGAAUUAAAAACAUAAAAUAAGAUGAGAUUUUUUCAUGUU